UAAUAAUGCCUUUAAUUUUAUUUUAACGAAUGUCUGACACUCUCGUUGACUGUCUAUCUCCUUAUCUCACCAUUUCUUAGAUACAAAUCACUACGCUAUCGGUGUCCAUAUCUCUAUCGGCAUAUGUGGCCCUAUUUUGUUUGUUUUCGCCCAAAAUCUAUAUCAUAAUCUUUCACCCGGACAAAAACGUCAGGAAACUGACCAUGAAUUCAGCCACCUAUAAGAAAGCGCCGACCACCAGCACUACAUGCCCGACCACUUCUGCCAAUCACGGCGGCACAUCUGUAGAGCACGUGAAGCUGACGGUCGCCUCGCAGGACAGGGAUAAGGGCGACAAAGUAGGCCCUCAUCAUCACCAGCACCUACUCCAACAGCACCACCACAUCCAACCCCCGGUACUGGAAGAGGAGGCGAAGGAGGAUAGUUUGGCGUCCCUUUAGUUUUCUGUGAAUAUUACGUGCGUUUAGAGAC